GGCAGCACUCGCGAGCAGCGGCGGCCGCGGCCGGCGGCCGAGAGGGGAGAAUGCGGCGGCGCUCGCGGAUGCUGCUCUGCUUCGCCUUCCUGUGGGUGCUGGGCAUCGCCUACUACAUGUACUCGGGGGGCGGCUCCGCGCUGGCCGCGGGCGCGGGCGGCGGCGCCGGCAGGAAGGAGGACUGGAAUGAAAUUGACCCAAUUAAAAAGAAAGACCUUCAUCACAGCAACGGGGAUGAGAAAGCACAGAGCAUGGAGACCCUCCCUCCAGGAAAAGUGCGGUGGCGGGACUUCAACCAGGAAGCUUACGUUGGAGGGACGAUGGUCCGCUCUGGGCAGGACCCCUACGCCCGCAACAAAUUCAACCAGGUGGAAAGUGAUAAGCUGCGGAUGGACAGAGCCAUACCUGACACCAGACAUGACCAGUGUCAGCGGAAGCAGUGGCGGGUGGACCUGCCAGCCACCAGCGUGGUGAUCACCUUCCACAAUGAAGCCAGGUCGGCCUUGCUGAGGACCGUGGUCAGUGUGCUUAAGAAAAGCCCACCCCACCUCAUAAAAGAGAUCAUCUUGGUGGAUGACUACAGCAAUGACCCUGAAGACGGGGCCCUCUUGGGGAAAAUUGAGAAGGUACGGGUUCUCAGAAAUGAUCGGCGAGAAGGCCUGAUGCGCUCGCGGGUCCGGGGGGCCGACGCGGCCCAGGCCAAGGUGCUGACGUUCCUGGACAGCCACUGCGAGUGCAACGAGCACUGGCUGGAGCCCCUCCUGGAGAGGGUGGCCGAGGACAGGACGCGGGUAGUGUCCCCUAUCAUCGAUGUCAUUAAUAUGGACAACUUUCAGUACGUGGGGGCGUCUGCUGACUUGAAAGGCGGUUUUGACUGGAACUUGGUCUUCAAAUGGGAUUACAUGACCCCAGAGCAGAGGAGAUCCCGGCAGGGGAACCCUGUCGCCCCCAUAAAAACCCCUAUGAUUGCCGGCGGGCUCUUCGUGAUGGACAAGCUCUACUUUGAGGAGCUCGGGAAGUACGACAUGAUGAUGGACGUGUGGGGAGGAGAGAACCUGGAGAUUUCGUUCCGUGUGUGGCAGUGCGGUGGCAGCCUGGAGAUCGUCCCCUGUAGUCGCGUGGGACACGUGUUCCGAAAGCAGCACCCCUACACUUUCCCAGGUGGCAGCGGCACAGUCUUCGCCCGUAACACCCGCCGGGCAGCAGAGGUCUGGAUGGAUGAAUACAAAAAUUUCUAUUACGCAGCAGUGCCUUCCGCCAGAAAUGUUCCUUAUGGAAAUAUUCAGAGCCGACUGGAGCUCAGAAAGAAACUUAGCUGCAAGCCUUUCAAGUGGUACCUGGAAAACGUCUACCCAGAGCUAAGGGUCCCUGACCACCAGGAUAUAGCUUUUGGGGCCUUGCAGCAGGGAACCAACUGCCUAGACACUUUGGGACAUUUUGCUGAUGGUGUCGUUGGAGUCUAUGAGUGUCACAAUGCAGGGGGGAACCAGGAAUGGGCCUUGACGAAGGAGAAGUCGGUGAAACACAUGGACUUGUGCCUGACGGUGGUGGACCGGGCGCCGGGCUCUGUCGUCAAGCUGCAGGGCUGUCGAGAGAACGACACCAGACAGAAAUGGGAGCAGAUCGAGGCCAACUCCAAGCUGCGGCACGUGGGCAGCAACCUGUGCCUGGACAGCCGCGCGGCCAAGAGCGGGGGCCUGAGCGUGGAGGUGUGCGGCCCCGCCCUGUCUCAGCAGUGGAAGUUCACGCUCAACCUGCAGCAGUAGGAGAGCCCGCCAGGCGGCCCCCACCGGGCCCCCACACCGGCCGGCUGAGUUUGGAGAUCCCGUUUUCGAUUAUGUUUCUUGAACUUUCUGCGAAACUAUAUACCUCAGUAUUCCAUCAUGGUCGGAACGUCAGAGAACGUGUGCGAGGCACGGGGCCUGGGUGGAUGCCGAAGAGGCUGGGAAAGAGACCCGCUCUCCUCGUCCCACGGGAGGCGGCUGGGCCCCCUUUCCGAGGCCACCCCCUCCCCCCGCCCACAGCCACCCCCCAGGGACGGCCGAGGCGUGGGCCCCAGCGCGGGGCAGGGAGAGCAGAAGGGGCAUCGCUGCUGUGUCACCGUGAGGAACACUCUGGAAAUCUCCAUUUUUGAUCCCAUCGAAAUCAUGUCUGGUUUCUGCAAUGGUGACCCGAGUCAUUUUGCAGGAUUACGUCGUACAUCCCUGUCCCCGCUCCUCUGUUCCCGCUGUCUUCCCAGCACAGACCCCCCUCUUCCACACGAUGUACUUGCUCUAUUUGAAUAGGAACUUUCUACGGUGGGACAGUAAGUAUAAAUAUAUAUAAAAGAAAGAAUGUACGGUCAGUUCCCUAUGGUUUCUGUAGGUCGUCCUCAUCUUGUAAAUUCCCCACAAAGCAGUUAGUUCACGGCCAUAAGGAAGAGGGACGGGGCCCUUUGGGGCGGGGAGAAGGUGGCCUCCAGCGCCUCCCCCACCCCGGAGCCCCACCAGUGAGCAGGUGCUACGGGGGCCACUGGGGGCUUCCCUGCCACUGGGCCCCAGGAGGCUGGGGUGCCAGGGGGCCCCUCCGUUGGCUUCAGCUUGUAAGCCACUGCUUGGUGUUGGAACCUACUUUCUGUGCCCUUGGUAUCUGGAAACCAGGAUGGGUUAUUUUUUUUUGACAAACAUUACUUUGGGUCUUUUUAAAUUAAAUU